UUUGUGUUUUGUUUUUGUUUACAUCAUCUCCUGACGCUAUCCGAGAGUCGCGUGCUUGUUCGCUGGUCUGGCUUCGAAUUUCUUUGAUUUCAACAGAAUAUAAGUUGCCGCCAUCAAUAUGAGCGAUACGGUCAAUUCCGGAGCAACUGCGGACUCGCAAAAUUCCCAAGAUGUCUCGAAUGCACCCCAACCGCUGAUAGAAUGUUGCUUAAAACAGAUAAGAGAUGGUCCCACCAUGGAUGCGAGGGUUCAUCAACCGUAUUACUCAGCACUUCCCCUACCGUCUGGCUACAGUGUUCCGAGGCUAAGUGGUUGGAUCCAGCCCGUUGUACCACUGCGCCGUGCGAUCGAUAUCAUCGAUCCCUUAACUCUCGAACCUGUUUCACUUGAUACUCAGGGUGAAACGGACAGAGACGAACCUACAGACUUAUCACCUCCCACACCGCCUGGCUACAGUGUUCCCCCGAGUCUAAGUCGCAGUGGUAGGAACCUGCCCAUUACACCACGGCGCCGUCCGAUGGAAAUCAUCUUUCCGUUAACUCUCGAACCUGUUUCACUAGAUACUGAGAGUGAAACGGACACAGACGAAUCUACGCCGCCCAGCUCUGCAGACUCCAGCUCUGCAGACUCCAGCGACAGGCAGACUCCUGAGCCGGAUCAGGUGGAUGACGACUUGUCAGCCGAUUUUGCCGCCAAGGUGGAAAUCGCUGCUAAAGACGUCUCAAAACCCUAAGAGCCGGCCUUGGCGCCUGUGAUCGUAGAUAGACGGACGGACCGGUUGAUGAGCCCAAACCUACGAAAGAGGCGCUGGAGACUGUCGCGGCGGAAGCAUCCAAGGAAGAGUUUCUGCCGCUCUCAAAACCACCAACACACAGCACUGCCACCCUCAGCAGCUUUAUCCUAAGUGAGCAUGCAGACGGCCAGUUUUUUACUCUCAAUAUGGAUGAACAGCUUUCGAUAAUUUUCUAUUCCGCGAUGAAAUUUUAAAAAUAAUCCUUAAUCCUGUCAAACUACUACGAUGAAACCUGAAUAUAAUUUUAGAUCAAUUAA